AUGUAUGGCCUGUUUCUGGAAGGUUUCAAAGCUUACAUUCUUAGCACAUUUUCUGAGGCCGUAUGGCGUCAGGUGAUUGUGGAGGCUCAGUGUGAAACGUUCGAUUUCGAAGUACGAAGAGACUAUGAUGAGGACCUCUUGGGACGACUGUUCAAAGCGACCUCGAAGGUGACAAACUUAAGUGAUUACAAAAUCAAAUACGGGAUGGGCAAAUCGUUCAAGGAUUUUUUCGGUUUCAAGGAGUAUCAAGCGGUCCUAAGGGUGCUCGGUCGCGAGUUGAGAGAUUUCCUCAACGGACUGGACAAUCUGCACGAAUUCAUUCGUGCAACGUAUCCUCAAAUCCGACCACCAUCAUUCUUCUGUGUGAAUGAGAGUCGAUCGGGAAUAACCCUGAAAUAUCAAUCGAAACGUGAUGGAAUGGUUCCAUUCUUUGUGGGCUGGAUGGAAAAUGUUUCCCAGAUGUACUUCAAUAUUCAGAUGAAGAUUACCAUCAUUCACAGCGAAAAGAAAGAAACAUCAAACAUCACAAUUCUCCGUCUUCACUUUGUUAAUGAAGCCUUCCCUGAGGUCAUCGAGGAACUAUCGGUUCCGGCUCAUUUAUUUUUUGAAGCCUUCCCGUUCAACUUUGUAUUCAAUCGAGGCAUGAUUCUCAUUAAUGUCGGUUCCAGUAUGAUCCAUGCGUUGCCAGACAUUGUUCGAAGAAAUCUCAACGAGGUGUUUGUAUUGGAAAGACCGCAUAUCGAACUGAAAUGGGACGAUAUCAUGCUUCAUACGAACAACAUAUUCCAAAUGGUUAGCAAUAGAGCUAAACCGUUAGAUGACGACGAAGAAAAUCCUACAAAUGAUUCCAAUAAUCCUCGAAAGGGAUGCCUUCGUAUGCGGGGUCAGAUGAAAUACAUGGUCGAAUGGGAUGCAAUAGUAUUUUUGGGCACACCUAUUAUGGAAGAUGUGGAUGCCAUGUGGGAAGUAGGCUUAUUCCUCAACGAUUUGAGUAUGCAUGACUCUAGUCGUGAUAUGGUUUUGGCUGGAGAGCAACAAUCGGCGGAACUGAAGAUGGCUUUGGAGCAGGAAAGUGAGAAAGGAAAACGUUUGGAAGAAAGUCUACGCCGCCUAGACGAAGAAGUUCGUCGCACCGACGAGCUUCUUUACCGAAUGAUUCCGAAAGCUGUCGCUGAGAGGCUUCGCAGUGGAGCAUCGGCCAUUGACACAUGUGAAACAUUCGAGAAUAUGACCCUGUUGUUGAGUGACGUGGUCGGUUUCACCACCAUAUGCAGUGGUCUUGCUCCGCUCGAAGUUGUCGAUUUGCUGAACCGACUGUACUCCUGCUUUGAUGGUUUGACGGAGAAGCACAAAGUGUAUAAGGUUGAGACCAUCGGCGACGCGUAUAUGAUCGCUUCUGGCGUCCCCGUACGAACCAAAUAUCACGCUCCAUUCAUUGCCGAGAUGGCUCUGGACAUGGUGUCCGGUGUGCAAGAGGUCAAAGACGAGUCAAAAGAUCCGCCAGAGAGUCUUCGUAUUCGCGUCGGUCUGCACAGCGGUACAGUUGUUGCUGGUGUGGUUGGUGUAAAAAUGCCCCGCUACUGUCUGUUCGGGAACACGGUGACGACGGCCGAACUGAUGGAAGCAACCAGUUCACCUCAACGCGUUCAAAUUAGCAAAGCAACCUUUGAGAAACUGAGCGAAUACGGGGUGUACGACAUGACAGAGAAAGGAACUGUUCAAACCAAGGAUGGGAAUACAAUUUACACCUAUUGGUUAAAUGGUCGUCCCAAUGAGGCCGAUUGUCCAAAAACGGCCAAAUUAUGCGCUCAUCUGGCCAAAGAACGGGAAUUAUUGGCCGAUUCAAAUAUGGCAGCAAAUCAUUCACAAACUGGUGAAGGUUGGGAGUCAGUGAGCGCCAGUCGUGGAAGUUCUGCGCGGGCACUGGCCUCGAAGCGUAGUUCCUUGGCCGCGGGUGGUCGUGCCAGCAUGGGUCGUCUGUCUAUGAUCAUGGAUGACAAAUUCGCGAAUAAACGAAAAAGUCUCGCUCGGGUGGCCCAGAUGUCACGAAAAAUCAGUGGAGCUGUUUGA